CCGGAUACUCUGGGCUCUCACCUCACUAAGACCUGCAAAUCCCACAAAUCAACUGCAGGGCUGCAGCGAAACUCCGUCCUACAUUUGGGACAAUCUGGCUUUCCGAGGGGAUCUCCGAGCCUGCAGCAUAAAGGUGAACAAGACACUUAUGCCCAAUGAAGAUUCCGAGUGGAUUCCAUAGCGAAAGAACAAUGGCCGCUCCAAAGAAUUACGGAGGAUGCAGGGAGCUGUUCCUGCUGUGCGCGCUCCUGAGUUCGCUGUGGGAGAUUGGGAGGGGACAGAUUCACUACUCCGUGCCAGAAGAGAGCGACAAAGGAUCCUUCGUGGGUAACAUCUCUAAGGACCUGGGGCUGGAGUCUCAAGAGCUGGCGAAGCACGGAGUCCGCAUCGUCUCCAGAGGUAGGACGCAGCUUUUUGCUCUGAAUACUCAAAGAGGCAGCUUGGUCACCGCCGGCAGGAUAGACAGGGAGGAGCUCUGCGCUCAGAGCGCACGGUGUCUUGUAAAUAUCAACAUCCUCGUUGAGGAUAGAGGAAAAAUUUUGGGGAUAGAAAUAGAAAUUACUGAUAUCAAUGAUAAUAAUCCGAAGUUCCAGGCCGAAAAUCUGGAAGUAAAAAUUAAUGAAAUCGCGGCGCCUGGCACACGCUAUCCACUCCCAGAGGCUGUUGACCCGGAUGUGGGCUUGAAUUCCCUGCAGAGCUACCAGCUCAGCCCCAAUCACUAUUUCUCUCUGGACGUGCGAACUGGAGACGACGGAACUUUAAACCCAGGGCUGGUGCUGGAGCGUGCCUUGGACCGAGAGGAAGAGGCUGCUCACCACCUGGUCCUCAUCGCCUCUGAUGGAGGCGAGCCUCCUCGCUCCAGCACAGUGCACAUCCUAGUGACAGUGUUGGAUGUGAAUGACAAUGCCCCAGUGUUUGCUCAACCGAUUUACCAAGUAACAGUCCCAGAGAAUGUGCCCCCUGGCACCCAGCUGCUUACUGUAAGAGCUAGUGAUCCGGAUGAGGGAAUCAAUGGAGAAGUGGCUUAUAAAUUCUGGAAAAUUGUGAAAAACAAUCUCCAUUAUUUCAGCUCAAAAAAACAAUCUCCGUUAUUUCAGCUCAAUGAAAAAACUGGGGAAAUAUCAACAGCAAAGAGUCUAGAUUAUGAAGAAUGUGCAUUUUAUGAAAUGGAAAUACAAGCUGAAGAUGUGGGGGCUUUUAUGGGGAGGACCAAAGUGCUCAUUUCGGUGGAAGACAUAAAUGACAAUAGACCGGAAGUGAUUGUUACAUCUUUGUUUAGCCCAGUCUUGGAGUGGGGGCUCUCAUGGAGAGGACCAAAGUGCUCAUUUCAGUGGAAGACAUAA